CGGUCCUUUUGAACAGAACAAACACUCUGUCUCUUCACUAACAAGUCUCACCGAAGCAAAGUGAAGAAUGGCACUUUGUUCUUCAUCGUCUUCGUCUUCUCAGAAAGCAUGGAUUGUUCACGGGAUCUUGGCUGGAACAGCAAUUGCUGCGGCGAUAGGCGCACAUGCGUAUCUCGGUCGAUGCAGGAAAUUCCGGAGCCGGGUCGUGGGGAUCAUACCCGCCCGUUAUGCUUCCUCUCGAUUCGAGGGUAAGCCUCUCGUGCAAAUCCUCGGCAAGCCCAUGAUCCAGAGAACUUGGGAGAGGUCCAAGUUAGCUUCUACGCUUGAUCACGUUGUUGUGGCCACGGAUGAUGAAAGGAUCGCUGAUUGCUGUCGUGGAUUCGGUGCUGAUGUCAUCAUGACUUCAGAGUCUUGCAGAAAUGGCACUGAACGCUGCAACGAAGCACUAGAGAAGCUGGAGAAGGAGUAUGAUGUGGUUGUUAACAUUGAAGGUGAUGAACCACUCAUUGAGCCUGAGAUUAUAGAUGGUGUUGUCAAAGCACUUCAGGUAGCACCUGAUGCAGUGUUCAGCACAGCGGUGACAUCAUUGAAACCAGAAGACGGGCUUGAUCCUAACCGAGUCAAAUGUGUUGUGAACAACCGUGGCUAUGCUAUCUAUUUCUCCAGGGGCUUGAUUCCUUUUAACAAGAGUGGUGGAGUCAAUCCAGAUUUCCCGUAUAUGCUUCAUCUUGGAAUUCAGAGCUUUGAUUCGAAGUUUCUGAAAGUAUAUUCGGAGCUUCAACCAACGCCAUUGCAGCUAGAAGAGGAUCUAGAGCAGCUUAAAGUCCUUGAGAAUGGCUACAAGAUGAAGGUUAUAAAGGUGGACCAUGAAGCGCAUGGAGUUGAUACACCCGAAGAUGUCGAAAAGAUUGAAUCUUUAAUGCGCGAAAGAAACAUGUCUUAGCCCUCAAAAUCCGUAUCUUGCUUUCAAGUUGUUAUACAUGAACUCUUGUCCUUGUUCUAUAAUAUAGUUUUUUCCCUGUUAUUUAUUUGAAACUAAUUCCUGGACAACGAGAGUUAACUUACACUUAUCUUUUGUAAUCUAAUGGAGUAGUAUAAUACUCCAUUCUUUUUUUAACUAUAUGAUAUUUUGGAUUAGUGGACAAAG